AUGGUAUCGUUGAAUAUUGAGAGCCUCAAGCAAAUACUUACCUACUACCAGGUUCCCAUUGGCGAUUUAAACAGUUGGGAAGGUCUUGUCCCACUCUACAAAGCACUCAAAGAUUCUCAUGAGGCUGGCAGGGCCACAACAGAUCAACCUGCGGAUGCAGGUGCUAGUUCUGGAGCGGGAUCUUUAGAAACUGACAGUUUGCCUCAACCCAACCAGAUACCACCCGUGGUCUCAAAGACCAACGCACAGCCCGGCACAAUUGGCCUACCAGAAUCCCACAAAACACAGCCACUGGCUGAAUCCAGCUUGCCACCUGUGGUCUCAAACACCAACGCGCUGCCGGGCACAACUAUCAAUGGCCAACCAGAUACCCAACAACGGACUGCGUCUAGCCUUCCCAUAGACACGCCAAAUGGUUUGCCUCGGCCCGAUCAUGUAUCACCCGUGAUCUUGCAGCCCAACACGCAGCCCCCCACAAAUGCUAAUGGCCAACCAGAACCCCAUAGCGGCCCCUCUUGCCCCAAGCGAUGGGCUGAAUAUAGCUUGCCUGAAGAUGCGCCAAAGGUUUUGCCUCACGCUGAUCCUGUACCAACUGUGGUCUUAAAGACCAACGCGCCGCCGGGCACAACUACCCUUGGCCACCCAGAUACCCACCAGCGGACUGAUUCUAGUCUGCCCAAAGAUAUGUCAAACGGUUUGCCUUGGCCCAGCCACGCAUCACCCGUGAUCUCGCAGACCAACUCACAGCCCGGCACAAAUGUUAAUGGCCAACCAGAAACCCAUAGCGGCCCCCCUUGCCCAAAGCAACGGGCUGAAUCCAGCUUAAACAACAUACCUUUAUUGGAUCCUGCCCCACCGGUGGUUUCAAAGACAGACGCACAGUCGGGCACAACCUCACUCAGCGAUCCGAAUUCAUCAAAGCGACAAGCUGAAGCUAGCUUCCCUGAAGGUGUGCCAAACAGUUUGUCUCAGCCACACCCACCCUCAAAGCUUCCGGUUGAAUCUAGCCUCCCUGAGGAUGAGUCAACCGGAUUGCCUCAGCCACGUAUACCCCCUCAGGACCCUGCUUAUCCUUCCAAACGCCCGCGCAGCUAUCCGACACCAACGUUAAUUCCUAUUCGCCAGCAACCUGCGUAG